AUGUUUGGCACAAAGGAAAAACGUGAAACCAUCACCAUGGGCAGGAUUAUCUUCUACGAGGACAAGAACUUCCAGGGUCGCUCCUAUGAGUGCAGCAGCGACUGCUCGGACAUCCACAUGCACAUCACCCGCUGCAACUCCUGCAGGGUGGACAACGGCUGCUACGUGGUGUACGACCGCACCAACUUCACGGGCAACCAGGCGUUCCUGCGCAGGGGGGAGUACCAGGACAUCCAGCGCAUGGGCAGCAUGAUGGGCAUGACUGGCAUGACCGGCGUGACCAUGAUGGACACCAUUCGCUCCUGCCGCAUGAUCCCUAUGCACAGGGGACAGUUCAGGAUGAAGAUCUACGAGAGGGAGAACUUCUCGGGCCAGAUGCACGAGGUGAUGGACGACUGCGAGAACCUGCAGGACCGCUACCUCAUGGCCGACUGCCAGUCCUGCAACGUGAUGGACGGCCACUGGCUGAUGUUCGAGCAGCCCAACUUCAGGGGCCGCAUGAUCUACGUGAGGCCCGGCGAGCACAGGAACUUCCGGGAGUCCAGCAACGUGAUGCGAGUCAGCUCCAUGCGUCGCAUCAUGGACAUUUGCUGA